UGAUAAUAAACACGUUACCGCUGCCCUCCUCCGUCCCAGCAUGCACCGCGCCGUCUGCAGCAUAAAGAAAAAAAGGCUGAAGAGAAACAACAGGGUGGGAUUAUAGACGUCUGUUGUGCUUGGUAUAUUCUUCUAAAACCUGUGCUGACGACAAGAACGUGUCAUGGCCCUGAGGAGCUGAGACCGGUGCUUUUUUGCAUCUGUUGGGGGUUUCGACUGUUUGAUAGUUGUCAGAGAAGACUGGGGGGGCCCGGUCAGAGAGUGGACAGGGAGGGGGCAGAGCUCAGCUGGAGCCAAUGCAGCAGCACCAGCAGCAUCGACAGCCAGAGCCCGCGGAAGGAGGAAACCUUCCUGUGUUCGUGUUCCCGACCGAGCUCGUCUUCUAUGCAGAUGAGCAGUCGUCUCAUAAGCAGGUGCUCACCCUCUACAAUCCCUAUGAGUUUGCCCUCAAAUUCAAAGUGCUGUGCACAGCGCCAAACAAGUACACGGUGGUUGAUUCCAUAGGAGCUGUCAAGCCACAGUGUUGUGUUGACAUAGUAAUCCGACACAGAGAUGUGCGGCCGUGCCACUACGGCGUGUACGACAAGUUCCGACUGCAGGUGUCGGAGCAAAGCCAGCGGAAAGCUUUGGGUCGCAAAGAGGUGACAGCUACACUCCGUCCUUCAGCCUCACAGGAGCCGUCCAGCCCCAGGGCCCAAGACGAGGAGCGCCGGAUUAAAGAGCAGUUUGCAGACAGCGAGUUUUUUGAACAGACUGCAUUUCAGACAGAGAGCCGUCCUGUUGCUGGAGGACCCAGUCUGCUCACAGUUCUGCUGGGACUCGUGUGCAUGAUCGCCCUGAUGCUUCCGACACUGGGGGAGCAAGAGUCCACUGUGCCUGUCUACCUCCACUUAAGUGUUAACAAGAAACUGGUAGCUGCUUAUGUUCUUGGUCUUCUGACUAUGGUCAUCCUACGUACAUGAAGUGUAUCGUGCUGAAAGGAGGAUAAUCAGUUUUAAAGGAUGAAGAGAACAUCAUCAAAGCAGAAGCUCAACUACACUUCAACAAGCAGAGCUGACAGCAGUGUGAUGGAACCUCUUUACUCCAUCUGCUGAAAAACACAUUUUAGCACAUUGGUUUCAAAUACAUAUUGUGUUUUCUGGGCUGUUACAAAAACGGGAAGAUGUGCAGAUUUUUGCUGCGGACCUGAGGAGCCAGAGCGGACCGGUGCCGUCUCCGAGCACAGCCUGUGAAGGAACAUGAGGCGGUUCCGUGUCACCUGGACCGACUUGCGUUGUUUGUCAUUUUAUUGCCAUGGUGUGAUGCAAUAUGGUUAACUUGAGUGUGAAGAAAUCUACAUGCAAACCUGUAUAUAAAGCCAUUAAAAUGUUGUCAUGUAACUGUCA